AUGCAUAAUCUUUUCCUCGGCGAUUUAGCCCACCAUAUACGGAAUAUCCUAGGUAUUGAUGCAGAUGCUCAGCCCCCUGGCAAAGAGCAUAUCAAGCCUCAUACUACGGUGGAACAGCAAGAGCAGCUGGAUACAGCUAUUAGUGCAGUCAAGAAAGGCUCCAAAAGUAGUCUCAUGCGUUUGCGUCGGGGGUAUAUCGUUUCUUUGGCAACAGCCAAUAAUGUUGCGCCAGCGGUCGCAGUCACAAACGACUCUCGAAGCGGAGACAAGGCAAAUAUCUCGAAGUCACUCUACGUUGAUGCUCUUGUCGAAUGGUAUAAGAUACAUCCAGGAGCUGAAAUACGCUGCCCGAAGGUGUUUCCUAGCCCUACCAUUGAUCUUUCUACCGCUUGGGGGAAGAAAGCGAAACUUGUCAUACUCCACAAAGGCAUAUUACAGGAGGUAUGGUCGGAUAUGGCCAAGACCACAAUCCCUUCCUGGUUGAAUCGUGCACCGGCAAACUUUGGUCAUGCGUCCCACGGCAAGAUCAAAGCUGAUCAAUGGCGAACAGUCUGUUUAGUUAACCUUGUGAUUACGCUGUGCCGACUGUGGGGUACCCCCGAAGCUGAUGAAAAGGAGAAAGCUAUGUUGCACAACUUUAUCGCGCUCGUUAUCACUGUUCGUUGGGCAACUACUCGCUCGACUUCAGAAACCCACAUUCAGCUUGUCGAGAAAAAUUAUGCUUACUAUCUGACGACCGCCAUCCAGCUUUUCGGGCCAGCAGCGGUGAAGACCAACAACAAUCAUGCUACACAGCACUUGGCGGAGUGUCUGCGCUCAUUUGGACCAGUACACGCUUGGUGGGCAUUUCCAUUUGAACGAUUUAAUGGGAUGAUCCAGAAAACGAAAAUGAGAACAAAUCGCCAGCUCGGCGGACAGGUCGAACUCUCAUUUAUGAAGUCAUUUUGCAGAGGGAGCAACCUCAGAGCAUUGCUCUUACACAACGAACUACCUGAGGCUAUCCAAGACUAUCGAUCAAUAGCCCAGGAGUAUUUCGGUACAGACUUCAGAGGAACUUUGCGCCAUGACCUACAGGCGAUGGCUGGGAGCACAGAUGAAUACUUUCCAGUGGCGAGGAAAGGCAAGGUUGUUACACUUCCUGCCAGUCCAUACGCAAGCCUCGUAUCUUGCCUUAACCGGACAAGUGACGGAAUUUUCUAUCAGCCAUAUGACCAGCCUCUGGAGGGCGCCCACUGUGUUCACGUAGAACCAAGAGCUGAAACUCGACGAGCGAUCAAGCUUCAUGGAGACAACUUCACCCCUGCAUGGCGCCAUGUUGGAAAUAGCCAAAUUCUUUUACAUGCAACAGUGUUAGGGUCAGGCUCACUUGCUCGCGCCGCUCAAAUACAGAAGAUCUUGGUACACAGUCAUCCUGGACUUGGACGAUCAACAUUCUCAGAAACCUUCUUUGUUGUCAAGCUCUAUAGAGAGCUGGACGCCGCCCAGAUUCCUCUGGAUCCAUAUCGCAUCUUCCAUGCAUUAGAUGCUCGACUAUGCAUUGAUGACCUUGAGCCGGAGGAACUUGUUGUAUCAAGCGCUGAUAUCAUAAGUCAUUUUGCAAGUUGCUCCAUCAACAUCGAGGGUUUGAAAGAGCGGUGUCGAGUUGUGCUCUCGCUCGAUAGGGUAUGUAUUGACAGUCUUUGA